AACAAAUUAAAUUGUUAAUUCCUCACGUUUUUUGUGAAAAAUAAAGUUCUUAACUUUUAUACAUAUAACGGUAUCCAUAAAGAUAGCUUUGUUUGAAGAAGUUAAUUACUAUGACUUAAAUUUGUCUUCACUCUUUCAAAUUAAAUCUCAAAUAGACAUUUCUUAUGACAAUUUAAAGUUUGUUAUUGAUUAUAUUAUUUUAAAAUAAUAAAAUGACCGAUGUAAACGAGUCGGCGUUAACACAGGAAGCAAGAAGGCAACUAAGAGAGUCCUUUUUGAGGGAUGUUAGUGAAUUGAAAGGCCAGCCAUGCCACAUUCUUACAUAUGAACAAUCAACACUUGAAGCUACAUUCAAAGGUUGGAAACCAGAUGGUUCCGAAGUUUUAGUCAGUAAUUUGAAGACGCCAGCUAAUAUAAUAAUGUCAUCAGCAUUGCUCAGAACACCUGAUAUUUUGGCUAUACAUUUCGAUACAAAUAUAAACCCUGAAUAAUGAA